UUUAAUAAUCCAUUUUAAUUUCAAUAAUAAUAACUAAUAGAAGAGGCAGAAGAAAAGUUGCUCAAGAAUUGGGGAUUCAAAGUAGUCGAUUCAUCAUGGAACCUCAGGUCUAGUUUUCAUCCAAACGUCAGACAACAGCGUUUCUCGUGUAUCGACCAAUCAGAACGAGGGCUUCUGCUCUCCGAUUGGCCGAUUAAAUGUUUCGUCAGAAGCUGUCAAACGCCAGAUAAGAAUUCGUCCAUGAUGAUUCCGUUUACUUUGGACCCGCGAUUAGCUGAUCUUUCCGUACGUAGAAAAAUAGAAUUUUCCGCGGAAAUCCGUCCGGCUGAGCCUCAACCAGGUUCGUUCACGCAGAGAUAUGCGCGCCCUGUUCUUCGAUGACAAUCAUCUUCGUGGGUGACACUCGCGACUGGAUCAGUUAACAGUCCAGGAUAUGUCCCGAUCAGGUUAGGCCAGGGAGGCGAGGACAGAGUGACAGUUCAACGAUGAUCAACAUCAGCAGCGGCGUGGCAUCCUUGACGAUGACGAUGAUGAUGAUGAUCAUGAUAAUGAUGAUGAUGAUGAUGAUGAUGAAGAACGCGUAGUCAGGACGACGAUCCCGACUGCACGUGAGAGAUCGGAUACGUCAGGACGAUCGUUUGUAUAUAAAAAUAAGUUUAUAGGUAGAAGAAGAAGAAGUUGAAGAGGAAGACGAAGAAGAAGAAAAUGCCGCUGGUCGUGAGAAACUGUCCGCACCUGGCCAACCGCGGCGACCUCGCCUUCAUCGAGGCGCUGAUGACGCGGGAGGAGCGCUACGUCAAGUGCAGCGACUGCGACAUCUCCGGACCGAACCUUUGGUUGUGCUUGUUCCCCGAUUGCCGUUGGGUCGGCUGCGCUGAGACCCAUCUCGACCACAGCACCAUCCACAAUCAGAACUUCCCAGCCCACUGCGCACACAUGAACCUCUCCACCAAGAGGAUCUGGUGCUACGCCUGCAAAAGCGAGGCCAUCGCCAAGCAGGUGCCGUCGCCCCCGUUGUCGCCCACCCAGGUGGAGUUCAAGACUAUGGGGAAUAAGUUCGCCGGGGAUGCUCCUGGUGGCGUGGAAUCCAAACUCGAUGGCCUGGACAGGCUAAUGUUUGACAAAUUUUACGGAGACUGGUCUGUAAACAGAAUUAACUCGGAGAAGGGAAAUACGUUCAACGAGCGAUCCGGGGAUUCUCCUGAUAGUACAGACUCUGACGAGAGCAAGGACUUUUCUGGGAAGCCCAGGGGUUUAGUGGGCCUGCAGAAUAUUGGCAACACCUGUUACAUGAACGCAGCAUUGCAAGCUCUAUCCAACGUCUCUCCCUUGACUCAGUUCUUCUUGGAUUGUGGUCAUAUAGUGAAUUACAUGUCGAAGGACAGGAAACCCGGGCUGAGUUUCAGCUAUUUGAAUCUCAUCCGGGACAUGUGGAACAAGAAGACUAGGGGCUAUGUUGUGCCACAUGGUAUUCUGUCAGGUAUCAGGACGGUGCAUCCCAUGUUCAGGGGGUAUCACCAGCAUGACACUCAGGAGUUUCUCAGAUGUUUCAUGGAUCAACUGCACGAGGAACUGAAGGAGCAUAUCGAGGACGACAAGGACUGUCAGCUGCGAUUGAAAGGACUGGGCGAUCACUCGUCGGAGGACGAGGACGAGACCGAAAUGGACGGCAACGCGUCCAGCCAAUCCGACGCGGAGUAUGAGACCUGCGACUCCGGCGUGAGCGAACAGAGCUCGCUGAGCGACGAGGGCGAGCGCGGCACGAAGAGACGGUACUCCCGGGUGUCGCAGACAGAGAAGCUACGCAACAAGUUCACUAACCGGAGCAUGAAGAAGUCGAACAUCGAGCCAGCGCUGCCGACGUUCGCGCCGCCUCAGCGCUCUCCGCAGAGUUCGCCGGCCAAACAUCGCACCAAGAAGCAGAUGAAGACGCGCAGCAUCAUCAGCGACACGUUCGACGGUAAGCUGCUCAGUAGCGUGCAGUGCCUGACGUGCGAUAGGAUUUCCACCAGGGUAGAGACCUUCCAAGACCUGUCUCUGCCGAUCCCGAGUAGAGAUCACAUCGACAUGCUGCAUCAGGGCUCGCUGACGCCGCAGAAGGCCGGACCGUGCUCCGACGUAGUCUACGUGACCAAUCAAUCCGGAUGGCUGUCGUGGUUCUUGCAGUGGAUGCGCUCGUGGUUCUGGGGACCAGUAGUCAGUCUGCACGACUGUCUCUCCGCGUUUUUCAGCGCCGACGAGCUAAAGGGCGACAACAUGUAUAGCUGUGAGAAGUGCAACAAGCUGCGCAACGGCAUCAAGUUUUCCAAGGUCCUGGAACUGCCUGAGAUACUCUGCGUCCAUUUGAAGAGGUUCCGUCAUGAGCUAAUGUUCAGCUCCAAGAUCGCCAACUACGUGUCAUUUCCCCUUGAGGGUCUCGAUAUGCGACCGUAUCUGCAUAAGGAGUGCGUGUCCAAGGUCACCACCUACAACCUGAUAUCGGUGAUUUGUCAUCACGGGACAGCUGGAGGCGGCCAUUACACCUGUUACGCGUUGACGAUUACCAACAAGUGGUACGAAUUCGAUGAUCAGUGCGUGACGGAGGUGUCGCCGGAGACGGUGAAACACUGCGAGGCCUACGUGCUCUUCUACAAGAAAUGGUCGCCGGAGAUGCUGCAGCUACGCGACAAGACGAUGGAGCUCAUGGAGAUAUCGUCUCGCGAGCUCUCCGACCUCAAUUUCUUCGUUUCUCGGCAGUGGAUCAAUCGUUUCAACACCUUCUCCGAACCCGGUCCCAUCGACAAUUCCGACUUCCUGUGUCCUCACGGCGGCGUCAUUCCCGUCAGGGCGCAAUUCGUCGACAAGAUUAGCAUGCCUAUACCACAGGCAGUUUGGGAAUAUCUGUACAACGCGUUCGGAGGAGGCCCAGCCUGUACACAUCUGUACGAGUGCCCGAUCUGCGAAGAGAAGUACGAAUCCUUGCAGAAACGCAGGCAAUACGAGAUGGAACUGUUCCAACGAUUGAAUCACACUACCGACAAUCACACGGCCAUCUAUGCGUUAGCUAUGGCCUGGUUGAGACAAUGGCAGAGCUUCGUCCGAGGUAAAGAGACACAGCCACCAGGACCAAUUGAUAAUAACUCCAUCGUUGUAAAUAAAAAUGGGCAAAAUAGUCUUAAAGUCGGUUCAGAUUAUGGCCAAAUUCCCGAAGAAUUGUGGCAGUUUUUCCUGACCACAUACGGAGGUGGACCAGAAUUGAUGUUGCACUCGUGUCAACGACCUGUGCCAGCUCAGCCUAACGUUUCUAUACAUUCCGUGUCGAAUCCAAAUUUGGUAGAUCCGAAUCUUAAGUGCAAUCGCGCAGAGGCUAAGUCCAGCAAACUUACCACGACCAGGAGCUCGGAAACGAUUUCGCAACAGGACAGCGCGAUCGAGAGCCUACUUUCGAGCAGCGACUCCCAUCAGACACAGAGAGACGUGAGCGAAUAGAUUCGCGAUUUUUCACGACGUUUCCCGUUUAUUGUGACAAGCAUUUCCAUUGGUUUCUCUUUAAGUUUAGCCUGUAAGUAAUCAAAUUUUUUAAUUCUAAUUUUACGAAACUCCACGUUUUAUUUUGCUCAGAACAGCUUGAUAUUUUUCUCGCUACAUUUUUUAUAAACGAAAUACCGUGUAUGGGAAUGCAUAGUAUCUGUAUGUGUUUUCGUUAAGAAAAUUACUUGGAAGUAAAACGAUCACUGUCAUUUUGUCGAUUUGAAGACUAGGAGAGACAAUCAGAUAUCCUUGUAUCUAUGUACAAAUUUAAAUCCUUUCGUAAUGUGCAAUUCAAAUUCGAAAGUAUCUUUAUCAGGAAAAGGCAACUAGACUAUAUUUAAUAAAAAUAAUAUCUCUUUUAUUUUUUAUUCGCAACAAUUGAAGAUAAAAAACGCGUUUAUUUUUUUUGUUCAUUGCCAAAAAGGAUUAAUUUAAAAAUGUGCGAU